CCAGCACUGGCGUGGUAGUCUCUGCGGCGUGCGAUUUCGACCUCACGGUCGUGACGCCGACCACGUGUUCGACAGUUUGUUCCAGCCGCUGGUCACAAUCAAAUUAGAGGCCAUUGACUAUUCUGACCCCCGUGUCGCCUCUCCCUGGCGGCUCGGGGGAAACCUAAGUUCCACGCCGCCGCUCCUACCGGCCUUUGCAGGAGUGGCGGCGGUCCCCGUUCCCAAAGGGGCUGGGGGUGCCUCCGGUUGCAUGCUCGCAGCGGAGCCAGGACGCCGGGCGGCGGCCCCGGGCUGGUGGUGGCGGCGCGGCCGUGUGGACGGCGCGGAGGCUGCGUUUGCGCUCUGCGGCGGCAGCGGGUGCGCGAAGGUGAUCUGCUCCCGGUAGUCACCCGGCGGCGCCGUUCUCGCGUCUGCCGGAGCGGCUUCGUGGGUGUCCAGGGCUGCGCGACGGGGCAGCGCUGCGGGCAUCGCCAAGACAGCGCUGGCUUCAUCGAACUGGAGCUGUGGUCUCGCGCACGGAUCUGAGGCGGGGCUGCUCGGCUGCGUGGCUAUGGCUGCGGGAUUGUCAGGGUGCAUGGAAAGCCGUCGAGAUCAUCUCUUCGGUUCUCGGUGGUACGACUGCAGUUGUACUUGCAUUGACUCCUGCUCUCUAUCAUUUAUUUAAUGGAGGACAGUUUGAAAGCACAACCAAACUUUUCAACACAAAGUCUAUGGUUGCUGGACUCCUUAAUAGUAUUGUGUGGGUAUUAUAUAGCUUAGCAGUUCUAAGGAGAGAUAGAAGUGUGGAUUUGAUCAUGAGCAAUCUGUGCUCCCUUGUGUCGAAUUUACACUGUCUGGUUUUCUUCUAUGCGCAUCGGCGGCAAAACCUCAAAGGUUAUGUCGUGGUUGCCAUGACCCUCUUCUGUGUCUUCGGAUAUUUGUUUUGCAACAAAUCGGUCCUGACAAAACAAUGGGAAUCGAAAUCGUCUUUGGAGCAUUGGGAUGCUUCACACAACUAGUUUGCCAUCUUUAUCAGAUAUUCGACUUGAUGAGGAGUACAGCUGAGAGAGUGGAGCUUAUCUCUGUCCUACUAAAUGUUAUACCUAACACACUUUUGGGCGUGGUAUCGAUUGUGAUCACUUACUUGAGGCAUCGAGAGCAACUGUUUAUGAAUAUUUUAGGUUGUCUUAAUUUGAUCUGUUAUGUUCUGGAGUUUAUACUAAUUCUACGAAUGUGUGAUCGAGUGAAAAACUUUUUUGGUUCAGAACGCGAAGGUGACACCGAUGGUAUUCAAACGGCAAAUCUGGGAGUGGCAAGGGAUACACCGAUAACAAGAGCAGAUCCUACAGUUUCUUCUCAAGCAUUUUUUGAUCAUAUUAGAGCCUUGCGUAAUGGCCAUGAGACCCUGGACGACAGCAUGGGUGUGUGAUGCAGAAGACGAAGAGAUCGUGGUCUGAGCGUUGAAGCUGAGCACAGGGGGGCACCACACGAUGUCAAGAUGGAAGAGGCUUCACUUCUUUUCCAUUAUGUUUAGGGAAACACAUGGGCUACUUUGACCUUCCAUGUACAGAGCCGAUUAACCUGCGCGCAGAAUGGUGCAUGAUGUGACCGUAUACGAUAUGUCUUGCCGAUUCAUCAAGUGUUGCCUAGGAUAAGACGCAUAGGCACAGAGGGUGACGGUAUAAAGAGGAACGCAUACACAUUCAUAUCACCUGUUUAGUUAGGCGACAUAGAAUUGCAAAGAUCCAAAACAAUCUGUUCUGGAUUUUUUUUUCUUUUUGGCGGGGAAUCUGUUAUGGAGUUUUUGUAGCAAUGUUGUUACAUACAGAAAAUUCGAUCUUAAUGGGGGCGCCCGCAGUAUCUUUUGCUGGCA